GUGAGGCUUUUCAUCAAGAUUGUAGCAAGAUGUCUCUGCCCUCCGUGUACCAGCACAAGUUUGCGGAGAAGUUGACGAUCCUUAAUGAGCGAGGCAAAGGGGUUCUCAUUCGCAUGUACAAUAUCAAGAAGACAUGCAUGGAUCCCCGGAGCAAGCCAGCCUUCUUCACUGAGAAAACCAUGGAGUCUUCCAUCAAAUAUAUUAUUAAGAAGUUCCCCAACCUGGAUACACGGAGCAUGACGCAACAUCUGGGUCCAGUGCACAAAGACAAAGCAGAUAUUUUCCGGGCUCUUGGUGCCUACUAUCACACCUUUGUGGAUGUAAUGGAAUUCCGGGACCAUGUCUAUGAGCUCCUGAACACCAUUGAUGCCAGCCAGUGCUACUUUGACAUUCAUGUGAAUUACGAUUUCACCAAGAAUUACCUUGACCUAAUUGUCACCUAUGCAUCUGUCAUCUUACUCCUUUCCCGCAUUGAUGACCGCAAGGCCCUGAUUGGCUUGUACCACUGCACCUAUGAGAUGAUCCAUGGAACCAGUGAUGCCAGUUAUCCCCGUUUGGGUCAGAUGAUUCUUGAAUAUGAGAACCCCUUGCGCAAGCUGAUGGAGGAGUUUGGACCCCAUACCAAGGCUGUGAGCAACACACUUCUCUCAGUACACUUCCUUUUUGCCCGGAGAAAUCACUCCGCUGAUCAGUGGCGAACUGACCAGCUCUUCAGUUUGAUUAGCAACCCUGCAGGCAUGAUAGCUCCUGUCAAUUCAGACACGAUGGCUUGUGAAUACUUAUCUCUGGAGGUUUUGGAGCGAUGGAUUGUGAUUGGAUUCUUACUAUGCCACAGCUGCUUGGGCUCAACACAGAGCUGCCUGGAUCUGUGGCGAGCAGCUCUUCGGGGCUCACUGUACAUCACUCUAGUACGGGAUGAAGUGCUUCCUGUUCACAAGGUCAUAGAGGAGGCCUUCAGUGGUAUCAAAGGCUAUGGCAAACGUAUAGCUGAUAUCAAAGAAUGUAAAGAGUAUGCUGUGACACACAGUGGGCCGUUGCAUCGAGGACGGCGUCAUUUCCUGAGGAAUGCUGUGAAGGAGAUGGAGGCCAUCCUGGCCAAUGAACCUGGACUUUUGGGGCCAAAGGCUGUUUAUGUCUUCAUGGCCCUGUCUUUCUGCCGCGAUGAAGUCACCUGGCUAUGCCGACACAGUGAGCAUGUCAGCAAGGGCAAGAACCCAGAGGAAUUCACUGACAGCUCCCUGGCUGAGAUUCUGUUUCUGAUGGAGAAGCUUCGCAAUCUGGUCCGGAAGCACCAAAAUGUUCUCCAACGCUACCAUGUACAGUACUUGGCACACUUCGAUGUCCAGGUGCUCAGCGACAUCAUCCAGGACCUGACUGUGUGCCCUGAGGAGGAGUCCGUGAUUAUGUCAUCCUUUGUGAGCUCAGUCUCAUCCCUAACCAUCAAGCAAGUUGAUGAAAAGGAGAAAUUUGAUUUCACUGGGCUGCGGCUGGAUUGGUUCAGGUUGCAGGCAUACACCAGUGUCACAAAGGCCCCGCUGCAGUUAAGAGAAAAUCACGACAUUGCUAAGGUGAUGAACCUUAUUAUCUUUCACACAAAGAUGCUGGACUCUGUGGAGGAACUGAUGGUGGAGACUUCAGACCUUUCCAUAUUUUGCUUUUAUGUGCGCUUCUUGGAGAAGCUCUUUGCAUCCACCAUGGAGGAACCAUCCAUGCUGCGCUAUGCCAUUGCUUACCCAUAUUUGUGUACUGACUUCUGCCAUGCUACCCAUCCUUUGUGCCCUGAGGAGGGUCCUCAUCUACGGACCUGUGCCUUGAGCCUGUGCAACAGCUUUCUGGAAGAGAUAGCCAAACAGACUUGUAUUUGCAUCCUGGAUAUUUGUGCUGAGCAGUAUAACCUGACUGAGAAGCUAUUGCCUAAGUACUGUGCUGCCACCAUCAGCAAGGCACGGAACAAAAGAGCCCAGAAAGUAGCCAAGAAGGGAGAACCAGAGAGGGAUAAACCUGGUGCAGAGAGCCACCGAAAAGAUCGUAGCUUGGCCACCAAUUUGGACAAGCUACAUAUCACAUUGACUGAGCUUUGCUGGAGCCUCAAUCAAGUCACCAGCUUUGUGGUCUUUGAGCAUACAGUGACUCCAGCAGAGUACCUUAGCAGCCAACUGGAGACUCGCCUCAGCAGGUCCUUGGUGCUGCUGGCAAAGCCAACCCCAAAUUCUCCAGAGUUAUCCCGCCCCUCGGAGGUAUUGACUGGUGUUCAGGCCUAUGCUACUUUCCUGGUGUCAUUGAUGCAUCGUGUGGCACUGGAUACUGGGCGCCUCCUCCGCAGUGUGCUUCUGCAGCAAACUCAGCCACUGGAUGCAAAUGGCGAGCAGACCCUCACCACUCUCUACACCAACUGGUACUUGGAGUCACUUUUGCGCCAAGCAAGCAUGGGCUCUAUUGUCUUUUCACCAGCAAUGAAAUCCUUUGUCAGCAUACCCAAGGAAGGAGAGCAAACUUUCAGUGCUGAAGAAUUUUCUGAUGUCUCAGAGAUGCGAGCAUUAUCACAGCUCCUUGGUCCCUAUGGAAUGAAGUUCUUAAGUGAUAACCUCAUGUGGCAUGUCACCUCACAGAUGGUGGAGCUAAAGAAAUUGGUCACUGAAAAUAUGGAUGCACUUGUUCAAAUCCGGUCAAAUUUCUAUCAGCCAGAGCAGAUGGCAGCACUUUUGCCACGCCUAACAUCUGUAGAAAAUGUGCUGAAGAGGAUGACCAUUAUCGGGGAGAUUUUGUGCUUCAGGUCCAUGGCUCAGGAGGGCCUACGAGAGGUCUUCACCAAUCAUUGCCCUUUCCUAAUGGAACCCAUUGAGUGCCUAAAGGAAUUUGUCAACCCAGACAUGGAUAUAAAGGUGACUCUAAGCAUCUUUGAACUAGCCACAGCUGCGGGAGUGCCUUGUGACAUUGACCCGGCCCUUGUGUGUGCCCUUUCCAACCUGAAGAAAGAUAGCUCUUCACCAGAGGAGGACUACAAGAUUGCCUGUCUUCUGUUGGUCUUUGUAGCUGUGUCUCUGCCUCUCCUGGCCAAUGACGCUUCCUCAGUUUAUACCACUGACAUCAAUGGUUAUAGCAACAACAUCCACUGCCUAGCCAAAGCCAUCAUACAGGUGUCAGCUGCUCUCUUCACUGUUUACAACAAGAACAUUGAAACUCACCUUAAAGAAUUCCUGAUGCUCCCCAAAUGCCUGCUGCCAGAGAAAGGUCUUUUUUACCUGUUUCCAGAAGGCAAGGAAGGAUGUAGCCAUCCACAGGCAAGUGCUUUUGAAUUCCUUCCUGAAGACACUAGUUAUAGAUAUUUUGCAGGAUAACAUGUGCACCUCUCCUUUUAUAUACAGAAGCUGGUUGGAUUGACACUUGUUUUUCUGAUAUACUGGUGAUGGGGUCCUCCAUUCUAUCUGGAGGCAGUUAACUGUUUUUGAACAGUACACUUACUGAAGUUUCAGUUAUAGGAAUGUGCUCUGAAACAACCAAGAAGAGAUGUUUAUCUGCAUAGGAUUUUCAAAACUGUCAAAUAAUGCUACACUGAACUCUCGGGAUCAUUGCAGACUUGAUUGCAAUCUGUUGCCUGGCCCUCCUUGACUUUAACUAUCCGUGUGUUCGAUGGGAGAUGGAUCAUAGGGACCUGGAAAUUGUCCUUGGUUAGAUAUUUCAUGCAACUCACGUAGCACCCCAUUACUAUAUUGUUCCGUGGCUGCUGCUGUGAGAAGAGUUGAAUCCUGCUGGCUGUGAGUGAUGGAUAGAGACACCACUAAGCAUGAUCACUUUCUUAUUCCUGGCCUACGGAAGUCAGCCUGAUUUAUCUGUUCAUUAGAUGCAUGGCAGCUUCCGUUCCCCUUGCUGCCAUUAUAUCAGGUAAAAUGUUUCCUUGUGGCUCACUGUAGAGAAGGUUGGAAAAGCGAAUGUUGGAUAAUUGAGACUCUACUGUAAUUGCUUCUAGCAAAAAAAAAAAAAGCUUUGAAAAUUUAUUUUCACAUGAAAAGACAUAAGUGAACAUUUAUUUUCCCAUUUGCUAGCAUAGGUAAAGGUUUCUCCCUGACAUUAAGUCUAGUCGUGUCAGACUCAUCUCCACUUCUAGCCAAAGAGCAGGUGUUGUCUGUAGACACCUCCAACAUCAUGUGGCAGGCACGACUGCAUUACCUUCCCGCCAGAGCGGUACCUAAUGAUCUACUUACAUUUGCAUGUUUUUGAACUGCUAGGUUGGCAGAAGCUGGAGCUAACAGCGGGAGCUCACCCCACUCCCUGGAUUCGAACUGCCGACCUUUUGGUCAGCAAGGUCAGCAGUUCAGCAGUUUAACCCGCUUCAUUUGCUAGUAUGUCUCACCCCAAUUCCAGACAGAGAGAAAUGGAACUAUUGCAGCUUUCCCCACUAUAGUGAGGAUACAACAUGGGGAAAUGCGUUGUCAGUUGAACUUCCAUCUGUUGUGGAAGGCACAGAACAAGAGUGAACAUUGCAGCCUCAAGGAUUAUGCUUUAUGUUGCUGGACUCCCAACUUCUAUCAUCACUCACCAUUAGCUGUGGUGUAUAGCUCCAACCUUUCCAUCCUUGCCCUUCCUGGGAGGGAUGUUCCUUUUGCAAGCUGUUCUAAAGUAUGAUAGGAGAUGUGCCCUUGCUGAGAUUGCCAACCAAUUAAAUAUACUUUAGCUUUUAACUGAGCUGAUUAAAUUUACAUAUUGCACAAAGGAAAGGUACUUUUAAGAGAAUUGCGGGAGGGGGGAUGCCAUUUCUUUUCAGCAUGUGAUACAUUUUUAAAAGGUUCUCUUUGUUUAAAGGAGGGCAAAUCAUGCAUUUUUUUCAAGCACACUCUGGAAUAUGCCUUUGACCCUCUCCGGUUGGUCAUGUUUCACUGCUGAUUACCGAAUAUGCAGUAGUGGAUUGUGUAAUUUAUUUAACAACUUAUGUAAUAGCCAUAGGCAAAGUGAGUGAGGCUAGUGGAGAAGGGGCAGAGUCCCCAGCUGUCCUCCAUGGCCCUGCUGAGUUCUAGAAGGAUAGACAACCAACACAGGAACGGACAAUUGAGUAGAUUGUCUCCUGGGCUGGCUAGCCAAC